AUGCAAACACGCUUUUCAAAUAUAACUAUAGAAAUUAACACAGCGCAUUUGGAGUGGAAAAAAAGUCGUGAAGAAUCAAACGGAGCCGGUAGUGGUGUGGAAAUAGUCAAAAAUGAACCAUAUGAAAAUGGACCAGGUGGAAACGGUGGACAAUAUACGUUCAAAAUCUACCAUAUUGAGCGACAUUUGCCAACUUGGUUCAAAGCAAUUAUUCCAGCGAGUGCAAUGCGUGUCGAAGAAGAAGCAUGGAAUGCUUAUCCAUACACUAAGACACGUUAUAGAUGUCCAUUUAUCGAAAAAUUUACGCUUGAGGUAGAAACACGGUAUAAAAAUGAUUAUGGUGAACAAGAAAAUAUUUUUCAAUUAAAACCGCAAGAGAUUGAGCAACGUGUAGUCGAAUUUCUUGACAUUGUUCAAAGUCAACCGGUGGCUGAUGAUACACCAGAAGAAAAUCCGGCAGUGUUUCAUUCGGAAAAAACAGGACGUGGUCCGUUAUCUCCCGAUUGGUUUGAACAGAUGAAAAAGAAGGGAAAGAAAGAGAUUAUGUGUGCAUAUAAAUUAUGCCGGGAAGAAUUUCAAGGAUUAACACUAGCAGAUAUUCGGCGUUUAGAAGAUGAUACACAACAUGAAUUAAAUCAACGUAUGGCAAGAUUUCAUAAUCGUGAUAUACCGUCAGUUCUAAGUAGUUCUGAAGAAACAAUGACAACAACAACAACAGAAUCAUCUGAUAUCAACAAACCAUUAUCAACCAAGCGAAACAGGCAGUUAUCAAUUGAUAAUAUUAGUUCAAGUACGGUGGUGACAACUGAUUGUGUACCUGAAAAUAUUUCUUUUGCUUUUAUUCCAGAUCGUUCACGAUUAAAUUCAUUUCCAGUGCCCGUAAUACCUCGCGGAGAACAAGACGAUGACGAGUUUUUCGAUGCUGAAUCUCAAGUCGGAGACUUAGCAACAUCGCCCACCUAUCUUUCUUUAUAUAAUACAUCAGCAUCUUUAGAAGAUAUUCAUUUAAACGAAAAAAACAUCGAAUAUGAUUCCUAUCGUUCAAGUGUUGAUGAAGAUGAUACAACUCGUUUAAUCUCUUCAGCAGAUAAAUGUUCAAUUGACUUACUUAUACUCAUUUUUUAUGCUGGUAAUAUUUAUUCUACGGAAGAGACAUUUGAAAGUGCAAAAAAAACAGAUUUUUUCAGUUUUCGUGCAACAUUUGAUAAUGUUGUUAGAAAUCAUUACCCACGUAUUGAAGGGAAGACGGCAAUAAGAUUUGUGUCGUGUGAGGCCAUAUGCACGGAAGCUAUCAGUGUUCUUAACAAUUUAUCACCCUAUGGUGUUUCAACCACAAAAGAUAUGACUUAUAACGAAAAUUUACCAUUACAUGCUAUUCCACUAUUUGCGAUAUCGAAUCCUGAUUAUCAUUUGAAAGUAUCUAACACUGUCGAAGCUGCUAAUAAAGUUUACAAUGAAUUUAUUACGUCUAAAGAUGGAAAAAAUUUUUGUGGACAGAUUGUUGUUAUAGGUGAUUCCAAUGGUGCAAUACUUGCGUACGAUGCAGUAUGUAUAGGUCGUAAUAUGGAUGAUACAACGUCGUUAUACGGUGAGGAUUCCAACACUCCUCGAGCUCGAACACCAGGAACACAAAAGAAGUUAAAUAAUGCUUUAUCAACUGAUGGCGACACACUUUCAAUUCAUUCAUCGACAAAAUAUAAUAGUUUAACAAAAAAUGAAAAUUUGGAUAGCAUAUCACGUUCGGGUGAUAACAGUCGCUCUGGUGUAACUUUAGCAUUUGAUGUCAAUGAAUUUUUUUCGUUUGGCUCACCAUUAUCCCUGAUAUUAGCGUACAGACGUUUAUUAGCAAACAACUUGGUAAAACCAUAUUGUGGCCAAUUGUACAAUUUGUUUCAUGCGUGUGAUCCAAAUGCAGCUCGCAUCGAACCAUUAAUAGUCGCUGAAUUUGCUCAUAUACAACCGUGUUUUAUUCCAAGUCAACCAGCGCAUAUUUUACCAAUCGUAUUUCAUUCGAGUUAUUGGGAAUCACGUGAUGUUAUUGCAUUCAUAUUACGACAGAUUACACGUACUGAACGCAACGUUCCAGUUGGUAAUGAUCCUGUCAUUCAUCGAUCAUUCGCACCAGAUCAAGCUACCGAAAAAUGGUUACAUCGUACGACAGCUGUUAAAAUAAGAAAUUUGGCACCAAAUCAUCGGGCAAAUGAUACAAUGGUGGUUGAUCAUAAGCCACAAAUCAUUUCAGCCAAAUUUCACUAUGGACCAAUCGAUAUGGUUUGUUUAGCGAAUGAAAAGGUUGAUAUUUACGUGAUGCGAUCGGAACCUUAUGGUGAAUGGUUACUGUUAAAUACGAAUGAAACCGAUGCACAUGGUCGAAUUCGAUUUAAGAUACCGGAAGAUAUGAAAUUGCCAUUAGGAAUGCAUCCAGUUAAACUCGUUGUUAGGGGUGAUCAUACGUCAGUCGAUUUAUAUUUAACUGUAUUACCUCCUAACAGCGAAGCUGUUGUGUUCAGUAUUGAUGGCUCAUUUACGGCUUCUUUCUCUGUUAGUGCAAGUGAUCCAAAAGUGCGUCCAGGAGCGGUUGAUGUUGUCAGACAUUGGCGAGAACUUGGCUAUAUUAUUAUCUACAUUACCGCUCGUCCAGAUAUUCAGCAGCAUAAAGUUGUACAUUGGCUUGCUCAACAUAAUUUUCCUCAUGGGAUGACAUUAUUCAACGAUGGUUUAUCACGAGAACCUAUUAAAAAUAAGACUGAAAUGUUACGUUCAGUCAUUGAAUGUGCUGAGUUAACGAUUGGGGCUGCUUACGGAUCUUCCAAAGAUGUGCCAGUUUAUCAAGCGUGUAAAGUACCAGCCGAUCGUAUAUUUGUAAUUGGAAAAUUCAAAAAUCGUUUACAAAACCAAGCACGAUUUUUGGUUGAUGGUUAUGCAUUACAUUUAGCUGAGUUAACAAAACCAGGUGUAUGCCGACCAGCCCGAUCCAAUGCACGUCAUAUUAUCCGUAAAGCAUGCUUCAAUUUACCCAAACUUUCAUCUUUAAUUAUUCAUGAAUCGACACCACCACCAUCAUCUCCAUCUGCCAUUUCUUCUUCAUUACCAGUACAUAUAGUAUCUAAUUCAUCAUUACCAUCAUCUGACAUGAUCACUUCUCAAAAAUUGCCGUUAACUGAUAAUACUGACAAUAAAAAAAGUCCCUCACAGGGUAUUAAAUCAAUGUCAAAUUCAAAAGAGGCGCCAUAUCGAGGAGUUUCGCCACGUCUGCGAACAACACCUACCGGUGUUUUUUAG